CCACUCACUCCUCCAGUCAUUCUUUUUUCUGUUGUGAACUUGAAGUUUCACAUCAUCGCUGUGCGAUCCUUAUACUCUUUUGGAUUGCACUAUACCAUACCUUCGGAAAUCUUUGCCUCCCGCUGGUCCAUAGAAUACUCGUCAAUAUGCAACCCCUUAUCUUGCUACUUUCUUCCGCACUCGUUGCCUCUGCGACACACCACAGGCAUGAGAACUUCCACCAUGCUCGCGACAUCCACCUCACCCGAGGCGUCGACGAUAUCGUAGACUCGAUCAAGAACAAUACCAACGAGGUCGCAGGCAAGAUCUCUGACGCCAUCGACUCAGUCCUUGCCCGUGUAGAAUCCUGGGUCAUUCCCGCAACUUGCCCAUGGAAGAUCUCCUGGCCAUUACCAGACACUCCCAUGCCCACAGUCGACGACGUCGAAAUCCCUCAGCUCUCCCUCUUCCCACGCCCAGACUCGACAGCCAACACGCUGACUAUCUACAACUUCUGCGACUACGACCUCUUUUUCGAACCCCACAUCGGCAAUACCCUCGGUGAGAUUGGUCACAUCCCUGCCGGCGGCAAGCUCGACCGACCAUUCGAAGCGGCACCUGAAGGCUCGGGUGUAAACCUCAAAGUCUCCAAGACCGAGGGCGACUAUUCCAAGCCUGUGCAAAUCGAAUACGCUGUCUCAGCCGGCACGGUCUGGUACGACAUCAGCCUGAUCGACUGUCUGGGGCGCACCGAAGAUGGACUGCGCAACGGCGAUACUACAGCCUGUGCAGGGCAUGAGGCUGGACUGCAGAUGGGGCCUGCGAAGGAUGCUUUGAGUUUUCAGUGUGGAGCUGGCGCUUGGUGUGAUGACCAAGCGUAUUUGUACGAGGAGAACCUUUGCAAGAAGAGCAAUCCCAACUCGGCGUGUAGUGCGGAUAAAGGGAUGGCAGUUGAGUUUUGCGCGAGUAAACGGAACUAUUGACUUAUUUGUUGCUUGAUGAUGAAGGUGUUAUGGAGUUUGAAUACUGGGAUAAAGGAAUACACAACGAGGGCGGCGUUCUGGUUCUAACUUUGGCCCGGUGUGGCUUUUGAUCCCUUUCAAGGUUUGUUUCGUAGCACACGAC